GGCCCAUGGUGCGCCCGUGUCCGUCGGUCGGGCCGCGCGGGCGGCUCCGCGCGUGGCCCGGCGCUCGCGAGCUCGCCCCCUCGCUGCGGGCCAGGCCCGCCCGCUGCCGCCGCCUCCUCCCCCGGGGCGGCGCGGCGCCGGCGGGCGGCGGCGCGGAGGCCGGACCGGGCGGCGGCCCAGGCGGCGCAGGGGGCGCGGCGGCCAAGGCAGGCGGCGCGGGCGACAUGACGGACAACAUCCCGCUGCAGCCGGUGCGCCAGAAGAAGCGGAUGGACAGCAGGCCCCGCGCCGGGUGCUGUGAGUGGCUGAGAUGCUGUGGUGCAGGAGAGCCCAGGCCCCGCACGGUCUGGUUGGGGCAUCCCGAGAAGAGGGACCAGAGGUACCCUCGGAAUGUCAUCAACAAUCAGAAGUACAACUUCUUCACCUUUUUGCCUGGGGUGCUGUUUAACCAGUUCAAAUACUUCUUCAACCUCUACUUCUUGCUUCUCGCCUGCUCCCAGUUCGUCCCUGAAAUGCGGCUCGGCGCGCUCUACACCUACUGGGUCCCCCUGGGCUUCGUGCUGGCCGUCACCAUCAUCCGGGAGGCGGUGGAGGAGAUCCGAUGCUACCUCCGGGACAAGGAAGUCAACUCGCAGGUCUACAGCCGACUCACAGCAAGAGGGACAGUGAAGGUGAAGAGCUGCAGCAUCCAGGUUGGAGAUCUUAUCAUCGUGGAAAAGAACCAGCGGGUCCCUGCUGACAUGAUCUUCCUGAGGACAUCAGAAAAAAACGGGUCUUGCUUCUUGCGGACGGAUCAGCUGGACGGGGAGACGGACUGGAAGCUUCGGCUUCCUGUGGCCUGCACGCAGAGGCUGCCCACUGCCGCCGAUCUUCUUCAGAUUCGAUCGUAUGUCUACGCCGAAGAGCCGAACAUCGACAUCCACAACUUCGUGGGCACUUUUACCAGAGAGGACAGCGACCCUCCAAUCAGCGAGAGCCUGAGCAUAGAGAACACGCUCUGGGCCGGCACGGUCAUCGCGUCAGGUACCGUUGUGGGUGUUGUUCUUUACACGGGGAGAGAGCUCCGGAGUGUCAUGAACACCUCUAACCCUCGAAGUAAGAUCGGCCUGUUUGACCUGGAAGUGAACUGCCUCACAAAGAUCCUCUUCGGAGCUCUGGUGGUGGUGUCACUGGUCAUGGUGGCCCUGCAGCACUUUGCCGGACGUUGGUACCUGCAGAUCAUCCGCUUCCUCCUCUUGUUUUCCAACAUCAUUCCCAUCAGCCUGCGUGUGAACCUGGACAUGGGCAAGAUCGUGUACAGCUGGGUGAUCCGCCGGGAUUCCAAGAUCCCCGGCACCGUGGUGCGCUCCAGCACGAUUCCGGAGCAGCUGGGGCGGAUCUCCUACCUACUCACGGAUAAGACCGGAACACUCACCCAGAAUGAGAUGGUUUUCAAGCGGCUCCAUCUGGGCACCGUGGCCUAUGGACUCGACUCAAUGGAUGAAGUUCAAAGCCACAUUUUUAGUAUUUACACCCAGCAGCCCCAGGACCCGCCGGCUCAGAAGGGCCCAGCGCUCACCACCAAAGUACGGAGGACCAUGAGCAGCCGUGUGCACGAGGCCGUCAAGGCCAUCGCGCUCUGCCACAACGUGACCCCCGUGUACGAGUCCAACGGCGUGACUGACCAGGCCGAGGCCGAGAAGCAGUACGAGGACUCCUGCCGCGUGUACCAGGCGUCCAGCCCGGACGAGGUGGCCCUGGUGCAGUGGACCGAGAGUGUGGGCUUAACGCUUGUGGGCCGCGACCAGUCGUCCAUGCAGCUGAGGACCCCUGGCGACCAGAUCCUGAACUUCACCAUCUUGCAGAUCUUCCCUUUCACCUACGAGAGCAAACGCAUGGGCAUCAUCGUGAGGGAUGAGUCAACUGGAGAGAUUACGUUUUACAUGAAGGGAGCGGAUGUCGUCAUGGCUGGCAUCGUGCAGUACAACGACUGGCUGGAGGAAGAGUGUGGAAACAUGGCCCGGGAAGGGCUGCGGGUGCUCGUGGUGGCAAAGAAGUCGCUGGCGGAGGAGCAGUAUCAGGACUUUGAGGCCCGCUACGUCCAGGCCAAGCUGAGCGUGCACGACCGCUCCCUCAAAGUGGCCACGGUGAUCGAGAGCCUGGAGAUGGAGAUGGAGCUGCUGUGCCUGACGGGGGUGGAGGACCAGCUGCAGGCAGACGUCAGGCCCACCCUGGAGACCCUGAGGAACGCCGGCAUCAAGGUUUGGAUGCUGACGGGGGACAAGCUGGAGACAGCCACAUGCACAGCCAAGAAUGCACAUCUGGUGACCAGAAACCAAGACAUCCACAUUUUUCGGCUGGUGACCAACCGCGGCGAGGCCCACCUUGAGCUGAACGCCUUCCGCAGGAAGCACGACUGCGCCCUGGUCAUCUCCGGAGACUCCCUGGAGGUUUGCCUCAAGUACUACGAGUACGAGUUCAUGGAGCUGGCCUGCCAGUGCCCGGCCGUGGUCUGCUGCCGCUGUGCGCCCACCCAGAAGGCCCAGAUCGUGCGCCUGCUGCAGGAGCGCACCGGGAAGCUCACCUGCGCAGUAGGGGACGGAGGCAAUGAUGUCAGUAUGAUCCAGGAGUCCGACUGUGGCGUGGGCGUCGAGGGAAAGGAAGGCAAGCAGGCUUCGCUGGCCGCAGACUUCUCCAUCACUCAGUUCAAGCACCUCGGCCGGCUGCUCAUGGUGCACGGCCGCAACAGCUACAAGCGCUCGGCCGCCCUCAGCCAGUUUGUGAUCCACAGGAGCCUCUGCAUCAGCACCAUGCAGGCUGUCUUUUCCUCUGUGUUUUACUUUGCCUCCGUUCCUCUCUAUCAAGGAUUCCUCAUCAUUGGGUACUCCACCAUUUACACCAUGUUUCCCGUGUUUUCUCUGGUUCUGGACAAAGAUGUCAAGUCAGAAGUCGCCAUGCUGUACCCCGAGCUCUACAAGGAUCUCCUCAAGGGGCGGCCGUUGUCCUACAAGACAUUCUUAAUCUGGGUUUUGAUCAGCAUCUAUCAAGGGAGCACCAUCAUGUACGGGGCGCUGCUGCUCUUUGAGUCGGAGUUCGUGCACAUCGUGGCGAUUUCCUUCACGUCGCUGAUCCUCACGGAGCUGCUGAUGGUGGCCUUGACCAUCCAGACCUGGCACUGGCUUAUGACGGUGGCGGAGCUGCUCAGCCUGGCCUGCUACAUUGCUUCCCUGGUGUUCCUGCAUGAGUUUAUUGACGUGUACUUCAUCGCCACCUUGUCGUUCCUGUGGAAGGUGUCUGUCAUCACGCUGGUCAGCUGCCUGCCCCUCUACGUCCUCAAGUACCUGCGACGACGGUUCUCCCCUCCCAGCUACUCGAAGCUCACGUCCUAGGCCGUGUGCUGGGCAGAGGACCCGGUCUUUCCCGGCGGGCGGAGUUCAAGUUGCGUUUCUACGACCCGCCGUCUGUGGAUUGUGCAGCAGCGGCUCCCCGGCGCAGCGCCCCCCACCCCGUGAAGAGGCUCUGCGCGUCCUCGGGGCCCCAACACCCGGGAGACAGGAGGGGGGGCUCCUCGGCGGUGCCCACGCCAGCCUGGCUGCACCUCUGGGGAUGCGGAGUCGGGUGAACGUGACCGCAUGAACACUGGUGACUCGGCCGAGAGAUUUGCGUAUGGGGUCACUAUGCAGGCCUCCUCGUGACUUGAAUUUUGUUGUCCUGUGAUAAAAGUGGCUGUCUCGUGGAAGAUGGUAGCGGGCGUUUCGUUGUUGGUGUUUUCAGCAACCCUAAUGUGUGUGCCCUUUUUGCGUCUUUCUGCUCUUCAAAAGCUGGUUUCAGAGCAAGAUGAAGCUCUUGGUGUAGGUUUGGGGGGAAAGACAGUGAUGUUUGGUAAAAAGUUAACCAGAUGAUAAUCUCAACUUGGAAACGCUAAGUAUCCUCUUUAAGGCAGCCUUGCUCCCUGAAAUGGUGCUGGAUUCCCAGGAUCACAGAAAAGUGAACGAGGAGAGUGCGCGCGCGCGACGUAAAUCUAACACGUCACCCUUGUUCUGAUUCAGCAUCUGCAGCCCCGGAGUUAACUUCACCUGCCACCUCGUAAAAAAGUUUCUGAGGUGUUGUCUUGCUUUGUUCAGACCUGGUAUUGAUUAUAAAGCCCGGGGCUGUCUGAGGACACCCUCAGGCAUUUUCAGCAGCCUUGUCUUAGCAGGAAACGUGCCACUGAGCAGCCCCUAAAUGUGUCGACAGUGUGAUAAGAGACUGGGCUCAUUCUUCAGACAGCGCAGCACAUGUGGCUCAGACCUUCCAAGUCCAAAGUGAAAGGGUCAGGGACUGGGCUCUGCCACCGAAUCUGUUUCCUGUUAGGAGGAGUCACCCAGGACAGAGGGACAGAGGCAGAGGCAUCUCCGAGCAUUACCACUCAUCAGUGGCAGCUUCGAGCAAGGAGCCCCACUGGGAGGGGACCGGGCUCCGUCCUGCUGCCUGCGGGUUUCUGGGGUGGGGGGGAACUGGCUGAAAGGCAGCCGGGAAUAGAGAUGCUUCUCCCCUCCGGGCUGGGGCCCAGGCGGGUGUGUUUCUUAUAAAGCUGUGGCUUCUUGUUUCAGAGCAAGAGGAGAAUUUGCAAGCACUGGACGUGGCAGGGCAAGGCUUUCUGGGGUUUUCAAGUCUCUCCUGGCAGAAGCCACAUGUGCAUGUGCCCUAACGGUCAAGCUGCUGGAUCUGCAGGAGCUGACUUGUGAGAGCUUUGGUUUGUGAUUGAGUCUUUAUGAGUCUGUACCUUCCACCCCGUCAGCCCGGUACUUCCUCAUGUGCUUCACAGGUAUAGGUUAUGGCCAGCACCCGAGCUAGGGUAGGCGCGCUCUCGGAGAGCUGGGGACCCGAGGAGCAGAUGGUCCUCGACUUCGGAGCCCUCGCCAUGCUCAUGUAUUUCUGUUGCCCUUUUACAGCUUUCCAGAAUAACAGUACGUCAUGGGCACGGGUAAAUUAGCUGUGACAUCACGUCUCUUUGUGUUUCAAGCUUGCAGUUUUGCAGUAUUUCCCCCCUUCUGUUCCAGCCAUCUCUGCCACACAGAAAGCAUCUACAGAAAAUAAACGUUGUGUUGAAUGCAUGGUUAUUUAAGACGAAGAUCUUUGUCCAAAACUUUGAGAAAGGGUGAGCCAGUCUGACUUUUUAGCUGGGUGGCUCAUGUGCUUUCAGAGGUGGAGCGGCGGAAAGGUGUGCCCAGCAUCUUUGCACCUGUCAGCUUGGAAGUCAGCCUGUAAAACUGAGAGUCUAAAGGUAGUUCUGCUCUGAGUUCCCAAACCCUGAACUUGACCUUGUUCACAGACCGGUGGUGGCUCCUGCAGGUAGGUCUUGAUUGUGGAUCCCUCGUUGGGAAAUGUUUAUAUGUUUCCAGCAGAGACGGGGAAAGAAAAUGGCCUCUUUCCCUUAAUUCCCAAAUGUGAUCGGAGCCGUGCCUAGAAGUCACAGGUGCCCAUUUCUGCUGUCAGUGUCGUCUCAACCACACCCUGUCCAGGCUGUCCUGGGGGAGGCAGUCCAGGGCGAGAGGCAGCCGUGGCCGUGUUGGAGAGCCACCUCGCCUGCGGGCAGCCUGCUCGCACCCCCUGCUUCAGGUCCUGAGUGUCUGGGCCUGAUGCGCCUGCUUCUCCAACCCCGGAGCCCCCCCCCGGGGCGGGAGCCCGGAGUCACAGAGAAGGUCUGCCCCUGCCCUGCACGCAGCAGGCUGCACCCCGGCAGGGCACCAGCACACACGGUGCUUUCCUGGCGGGGAGGUGGGCAGAAGGCAGAGAAACUUCAAACCCCAAACCUGAGCUGUCGUACGCACAGGACACUCCUGAGUUCUUAAACCUUAAGCAGAAGGAUUCUGUUCACCGGUCGGGAAGGAGCCGAGGAGACAGCCUGGACACCGUAAGACGCCCCUCGCCUUGGAACUCAGUGGCCCCAAGUCUCCGACAGCCAGUUUAAUGUGAGGCCAGAGGCCCCCGGGCACACAGCGCGGUUUAAAUACUUUUCCUCAAAGAAAAAAUGACCACUCCCCCUGCCCUUCAACCAUACUAGGUGUUUUCUGUCAAAAUAGCUGACUUUUAUUAUUUUACGGUUAUUCUUCUUAUGGUUUUGGAUGAGGUUGUGUGCGUGGGAAAGCGAGGGAUCCGUUUGGCAUCUCUUUCUCCUUCCUACCCACCUCCCUUCUUUUGGGAAAAUGACCAGACCGUCUUCUCCAUCUCCCCCCCCCCCCCGUCUUUAUGGCCGCACCUGUGGCCUAUGGAAGUUCCCAGGCUAGGGGUCGAAUCAGAGCUGCAAUGGCCAGGCUACACCACAGCCACUCGGGGGCCGAGCCUCAUCUGCCACCUACACUGCAGCUUGCCGCAAUGCCAGAUCCUUAACCCACUGAGCAAGGCCAGGGAUCGAACCUGCAUCCUCAUGGAUACUAUGGUGGGUUCUUAACCCACUGAGCCACAGUGGGAAUUUCCAAGCCUCUCCAUCUUGAGGGAUUUCUUCUUUCUGCCCGUCUAAUUUUGCGAACGGGCACGUGCAUUUGAGUGUGUUGUCAUUGGUGCUUGAUGCGACUGGAUGGCACUGACUCGGGCUGCUUGGGGCAAAGGACUUCACUCCAGUGCGGUGAAGAGCCUCUGGGGCCCAGCUGGGCAUUGGAACAAACCAUCUGUGUAUAGCCACCUGCAGCUGGGAGGCCCGGAGCAGGAUUCCUCCCACUUUUAGCUUUAUUAUAUCCAGAUCCCAGACUCGAUUCCUUUAAGUGAAACCCUUUUUCGUAGCCGUGAUCUUAAAGAUCAGCGUCUGAUUACCCAUUCCUCCAUGUUUUCUGCUGAAAGUUUGGGUUAUACUGACAAUAUUUUUGAGUGUAUUUUGGCUUUUGUGCUCAUUGGAAAUUGACACGAUUGUGCCUGUUUUUCUUCCUCCAGACCUUUGCUUUUAUACUCUCUUUUGCUUUUAUUGGGGUGGGGUUGGGAACGCGGUCACGCCUUCAUGGGGCAGCAUUUUAAACCUCUGCCGAAACUGCAGAUGGACCUACACGUUCUUGUGCCCCGUCCGACUUGAGGUCACAGCCAUCAACCGUUUGUAUCCUUGACCUUUUUUGUGUGUUCGAAACGUGUGUACGUGUGUUUGAGGUCACCUCAAGUGUUUUGAAGACUUUCUUGGUUUUAUUGCAUUAAAGUCCCGUCCCUCUUGGCUUUGUUCUCAUUAAGAAAUAUACAAGGAGCUUUACAGCUUUUUUUCCGUCUCCCUUUCUCUUAAUGUAAAACUUUCUUGCAGUUGUUGAUAUAUACUUCUUAGGAAAGAUUUCCAUUUACUCUGUCCAUUCCAUCUUGGAAAAAAAACGUACUUUGUGCUUUGCGGCGGAACCGAGACACACGUGAGCAGCCCUGCUCGUAUUUGGAGCCGUGCGGCACCGUCUCAUGGAGCUCGUCAUCCCCGUGGCUCUGUCUUCCCCAAGGCUGUGUGGCUGGAGACACUGUCUCUUGGUGUCACUGGGCAGUGUCCCUGAAUAUUGUAUUUGUGGGGGGCAGGUGGGGAGCGUGGCAUUUGUCCCCCAGCUUGCGGCUCCUGUGUUAUCUCGUUGGCGUGGGGGGGACCGUGAACUUCUCGAGGUCUCCUUGACGUCCUCAGUAAUAGGUUAUCUGUGAUCCUCAUGGCAAGUGUUCACCAGGACAGCACUUUUUGAUUAGAGGGAAGCUCUGGUACAGAGCUUGAAUGUAGCAGGAACUCCCAGAUGAUUUAAAUUCUUGAUCCUGUGAUGACACGUGAUCCUGCGUGAUUUGAGCGGUUCAACUUUCAUUGUCUGCCAGCGUGGCUUGUCGCUGUUGCCCAAUAAAGCUUGUGUACUUUCUGC